UCGGUGAAGGUUCAAGGCAAUCUUCUUCUUCUCCAGGAUAGCUAAUGGCCAUUAGCCAGUGGUGCCGCGGCAGGACCAUCGGCCGCGGCUCCACCGCUACCGUCUUCCUGGCAACCGCCUUCCCCUCUGGCUACCUAUUCGCCGUCAAGUCCGCCGACCUCUCCCUCCACGCUUCGCUGCAAAGGGAGCAAGGUAUCCUCUCCUCUCUCCACCACCCCAACAUCGUGUCCUGCCUCGGCUUCGACGUCACCGCCGAAUCCUCGGGCGGCCAGCUCUCCUACAACCUGUUCUUGGAAUACGCGCCGCUUGGUUCGCUCUCUGAAUGCAUAGUGAAGCACGGCGACCGCCUGGAAGAGGGCGUGAUCCGGUCUUACACCGGCGACAUACUCCGCGGCCUUGCUUACCUCCACGCCAAGUCCAUCGCGCAUUGCGACGUCAAGAGCAGGAACGUCCUGAUAUGGCCGGACGGGCGCGCCAAGGUCGCGGACCUCGGGUGUGCACGGCCGACCACUGGGGACGACGGUACGGUGCGGCCUAUCGCGGGCACGCCGAUGUUCAUGGCGCCGGAGGUGGCGCGCGGAGAGGAGCAGGGGGCGCCGGCCGACAUAUGGGCGCUCGGGUGCACGGUCGUCGAAAUGGCCAGCGGGCUGCCUCCCUGGCCCGACGUCGACGUCCCGGCCGCCGCCUUGCACCGCAUCGGCUUCACGACGGACGUCCCGAAGUGCCCAGGGUGGUUGUCGGAGGAGGCCAAGGACUUCCUCGACAAGUGUUUGAGGAGGGACGCGAGAGAGCGGUGGACGGCGGAUCAGUUACUGCAGCACCCGUUCCUGGCGAAGCGGAGUCCACCGAACCGCUUCACGGAAAGCGAUUCGAGUCAGGUAAAGGUCUCUCCGAGGAGCACACUGGAGCAGAGCUUAUGGGACUCCGUAGCAGAUGAAGAAGAAGAGGUGGAGAUGGACCGGCAAUUCGACAGCCCAGAGGAGAGGAUCCGACAGCUGAUCAGCGGCGGCUUUCCGGCGGCCAAUUGGACAUGCGAUGACAACUGGAUCACGGUGAGGAUGAGUGAGGAGGAACCUCCAGUCGCUACAGCAGAUGCUGCCGAUGAACCAAUCGGUCACAGCAAUACUGAUUACAUCAGUUCAGCAGCAGAUCGCUUCUCUGAUUCUGUUGGAUAUGGUGUUCCAGACUGCACUGAUGAAUUAGAUGAUGUAGUAAUUGUGAAUCAAAUGACUGGGGAGAGACAGAUCUGUACACCUGCUGUUGAUGUCGAUAAUAAUAUUUGUUUUUCUGCUAAUUUGGUGCAUCGAUUGGUCUUUUAG